AUUAAACACAUCGACCAAAGAAGAAGACAGACACCAAUGUUGUCUUCCGCCGCUUGAACUCACGUGGAAGAAGCAGCACACCGUGAGCUCUCCGGUACCGGACAGGAGCACGGAGACAGACAGAAUGACGCAGUCAGACGGCAUAGUAAAACCCAAGACAAAGCGCUCCAAACGCUUCCUGGAGAGCAGAGCGCCCAAACUGACUGAGGAUGUGAAGACUGCCAUGAUCAUGAAAGGAGGGAACACCAGUCAAACAGUCACUCAGGCCCUCAAGGACAUAUAUGCCCUGAAGAAGCCCAACGCUGUGCUGUACAAGAAGAAGAACAUAACUCGGCCCUUUGAGGACUCAACGUCACUGGAAUUCUUCUCCAAGAAGACGGACUGCUCUCUCUUUCUGUUUGGCUCCCACAACAAGAAGCGACCCAACAACUUCAUCUUUGGUCGGCUGUUUGACUUUCACGUGCUCGAUAUGAUUGAACUUGGAAUUGACAAGUUUGUCUCUCUGAGUGAUAUUAAGGUUAGCAAAUGUCCUGAGGGAACCAAACCAAUGCUCGUGUUUGCAGGGGAGGCUUUUGAUACCGACAAUGAACACAAACGCCUGAAGAGUCUGCUCACGGACUUCUUCAGAGGUCCCACUGUGUCUGCGGUGCGUCUGGCAGGUUUGGAACACGUUCUACACUUCACCGCUCUGGAAGGGAAAAUCUACAUGCGCAGCUACAGGUGUCUGUUGAAGAAGUCCGGCUGCAGGACGCCGCGGAUAGAGCUGGAGGAGAUCGGACCAUCAUUUGACUUUACCCUGAGAAGAACACAUCUGGCUUCAGAUGACUUGUACAAGUUAGCUCACAGACAGCCGAAGGCUCUGAAGCCCAAAAAGAAGAAGAACAUUUCCCAUGAUGCCUUUGGUACCAAGUUUGGCCGGGUCCACAUGCAGAAGCAGGAUCUGUCCAAGCUGCAGACGCGCAAGAUGAAGGGCCUGAGAAAGAGGGGGGGAGAGGUGGUCUCUGAAGACCAGGACGGACAGACGUCCAAAGUGGCCAAAGUAGAGAGCUGAGGCGGCUCUCUGAGCUCACAGUGUCAGUUCAGUGUCCAUCACACACACGGACUGUCACCUUGUUCGAAAGACUGACCAUGUGCUCAUUAUCAUUGCCAGCUGUUACUGCCAUGGAUGAGCAUGUGAGCAGCCAGCAGGCGAAGUGGAUGCAGAGCUGUUAAUUCUGCCCCUAUUGUGCCCCCUCCCAUAACUUUUCCAUGUGACUUUCAGGCGCUUCUUUGUCUCACUGCUCUGGUAAAACCACACAAACGUAAAAAUAAAACAACAUCAAAUCCAACAAGUGUUGUCUAUUAUCUACAGUUGUGAAGGAGUCCGUGGUUUCUUAUGUAAAAAAUGUCAUUUCACUGGCAGCACAGUUUCAAAUAUGAAAAUAAAACAAACUCUAAACU